GGCACCGCCACCGCCUUCAUGACGGGCAGCGAGGUAGGCUAGGGCUCAGCCUCCGCACGUCGCUUAGUGUCUGAGGAGCAGGAUGGAGCCGCCGCCGCCACCACCACCACCCCAGCACGGCGACAAGCCGCCGUCUCCGCACAUGUCGUCCGGUUCACCUCGGCCUCAUCAGCGCCGGCGCUCGGGUCGUCUCGGCCUGGAAAUGUAUCACUCGCUGAGCGGCACCAACUUCGACCUGUUCACGGCCGACUCGGCGGCGUCGCUGCCCUACCUGGACAGCGGGGAGGUGGACUUCAGCGAGAGCGACAUCUCGGUCACCCACAAGCGCAGUCACUCGGGCAGUAUCCGGCACCGCUACGACGUGGUGGGGGAGCUGGGCUCCGAGGAGGUGCGCUGGUUUUACAAGGAGGAUCGCAAGACCUGGAAACCCUUCAUCGGCUACGACUCGCUGCGCAUCGAGCUCAUGUACAGAGAAUACACCGAAUUUGUCGCCAAGACUGGCUCGUCAGAUCCAGCCAGACCCGCUCUCGACACCGUGUGUGUCCGCGGCGGUCUCUAUGAAGUCAACGUGAUAGACAAGGAAUGUUAUCCCGUGUAUUGGCUUCAACCAGAUAAAAUUUUAGUCAUGCGUGGCCAAUGGUUUAUUGAUGGUACCUGGCAGCCUUUGGAAGAGGAAGACAGUGAUCUGAUAGAAGCUGAACACCUAAAGCGAUUUAGGGGUCAACAGAUCCAGGAUAUAUUUGAGCUGGAUGUAGCUAAAUCUAUGGACAGUAAAGAUGCCAUACACAGCUUAAAGCUGAGUCGCAACCAUGUGGACUGGUAUAGCGUGGAUGAAGUUUAUUUGUACAGUGAUGCAACCACAUCGAAAAUUGCAAGGACAGUUACCCAGAAAUUGGGAUUUUCCAAAGCGUCAAGUAGUGGGACAAGACUUCAUAGAGGAUAUGUAGAAGAAUCAUCACUGGAAGACAAACCUCCAAUCCCCACCCACAUAGUCUUUGUUGUACAUGGAAUAGGGCAAAAAAUGGACCAAGGUCGUAUUAUUAAAAACACGGGCAUGAUGCGUGAAGCUGCAAGGAAAGUUGAAGAGAAACACUUUCCUUAUGCCAGCAAUUUGGAAUAUGUUGAGUUUCUACCUGUGGAGUGGAGAUCGAAGCUCAGCCUGGAUGGGGAUACAGUUGAAUCUAUUACCCCAGAUAAAGUACGUGGGCUUCGAGACAUGUUAAACAGCAGUGCCAUGGACAUUAUGUAUUAUACUAGCCCCCUUUACAGGGAUGAGAUUGUAAAAGGUCUACAGCAGGAGCUAAAUCGAUUAUAUGAGCUGUUUUGUUCUCGAAACCCAGACUUUGAAGUCCAAGGUGGGAAAGUCUCAAUAGUAGCCCACUCUUUAGGUUGUGUAAUCACUUAUGAUAUUAUGACUGGAUGGUAUCCAGUGAGGUUUUAUGAUAAAAUGGUCCAUGAGGAAGAAGAGAGAGCAGAAAGUUCCAUGAGUUUUGAGGAACGUGAACUUCUGGAUGAUAUUCUCAAGACUAAGCAACGAUUAAAACAAUUAGAGCACAAAUUACUGCAAGUGAAAGCUUCAGCGCCACUCAAAUUACCUGCCUUGAAAUUUAAGGUUGAAAAUUUUUUCUGCAUGGGAUCCCCCUUAGCAGUUUUUCUGGCACUCCGUGGCCUCCGUCCUCAAAAUAGUGGUCAACAGGAUCACAUUCUACCAAAAAGUAUAUGUGGCCGGUUAUACAAUAUAUUUCACCCAACCGACCCUGUGGCCUAUCGACUAGAACCACUGAUCCUGAAGCAUUAUAGUAAUAUUGCACCAUUACAGAUACAUUGGUACAACACACCAGUCUUAACAAAGUACGAUGACAUAAAGCCAACCUUCAUCAAGCCUGCCAAAGAGUCACAGAAUCCCUCACCGGCUCCUUCCACAACUACCUCAAAUGCAGAAAUGGAAACCAUACCAAGUCCAAGUACCUCGCCGGUAAUGCCUCGCCGAAACUAUGGGGAAUCAAUAACCAGCCUAGGAAAAGCAAGUAUAAUGGGAGCUGCACAUAUAGGAAAAGGUAUUGGUGGAAUAUUGUUUGCAAGGUUCUCGCGAACUCCCUCAGUGAAUAUUAGUACAGUCGGUGAAGAUGUGAAAGAAGUAAGUGAUGAAGAAAAGAAGCCUCUUGAAGUUCCAUUUAGUCCAAAGAUACUGUCACGUAAUGACUCUGGUCUUUUGUUGGGUGCAGAGUUAGAACAUCGCCUUGACUUUGAACUGCGGGAAGGCCUUGUAGAAAGUAGGUACUGGUCUGCAGUGACAUCACACACCUCAUAUUGGUCAUCUCUAGACGUCGCUCUUUUCCUUCUCUCAUUUUUGUACACCCAGAGACCACCUGGAAAUGAAGACCACUCAGAAACCACCGAUUUUAAGGAGAAACCGUACAAAUGAGAAUCUGUAUGGAAUUAAUAAUGGAACUGCUGUUAAAGUGCAAUGAAAACUAAGAAUUACAUUUCUGUUUGUUUUUAUUUUUGUUUUUAUUUAAUUAUUUUUAGGAUCCACGUUAAUACUGGAAGACCAAUUUCUAAAUAAAAUACUCGAACUAGAUAAGUUUAAAAACUUUCCAAUUGUUCAGUUUGUCCCUAUUCACUGUAUUUCAGAUGUGUAAAAUGCAUAAGUUUAUAAUCAUCUGGGUUUGAGACUAACACUAUGGUGGAAUUUAUAAUUUUAAGCUUGAUUGUAUUUGUUUUGAAUGUGCAAACUACAUAUAAUUGAAAAAUUGUUUUGUACUAAAAGCAUAAUCCACUCUGAAUGUUGAAGUUUCUACUUAUAGUUCCACCCUCCAGUACUUGUCUCACAUCUAGGCAGUAUAGUUAAUAAUGAACUGUUUACACAUUUGAAGUACAAAAUGUAUUUUGGUGCUUAUAAUUUUAUUAAUAUAUCUCUAAUAUUUUUCACUUGUUUACUGGGUCAUGUAUAAAUAUAUAUAAGCUGAAACAACUACACUGUGCUAUUGUAUAGUACAGGAGGCACCACAUUGUCAUUUUCUGUGUUUCUUGUUUUAUUUUACAGUCAAUAAAUGCC